AUGUCCGAUUGGAACAACGACCAGGGUGGUUCGGCCCAAGCGAACACCUUUGGGGAAGAUGACUGGACCAGCGGAGGACAGGCUGGAAACACAUCCACCAACAACACCGGCUUCGCUAACGAUGGUUUUGACGACGGCGAUGGUUUUGUAGGCGAACAGCCCGCUGGUGAUGACAAGUGUUUCAGCUGUGGCGAGAUUGGGCUCAGUCACCGCCGUGCCGAGUGUCCCAAUCCUCAGGAGAUGACCUGCCGCUUCUGUAAGCAGCCUGGUCAUAUGAUCAAGGAGUGCCCCGAUAAGCCCCCCAUGAUCUGCGAGAACUGUGGUGAAGAAGGCCACAUGCGCAAGAAUUGCGAAAAGCCUCGCAAGAUCAACCGCGACCACAUCGCUGAUGUCAGCGCUGAUGACGCCUGGAACAAAAUCAAACUGGCCGUCAGUGAUCGAGACGUCGACGACGUUAAGGAGGCGGUCCAAGAGUACAUCAAGGCCGUCGAUGGUGAUAUUACUUAUCGCCAACUCCAAGAAGCAUUGAUCGACCACGGCAUUGGUCUCUGGCUCAUUGCAACUGAGCGAACUCUCGUCCCUGUUUUCACCAACAUGGACCUUAAGGGCCAUAUCGACAAGAAAUACACCGUUUCUUAUCGCUUUGUCGAGCAUGCUGAUCGUCCUCGUGAGCUCGAAGGUUGGCCCAAGAGCCGGGACGAAAUUCUCUCUCGUCUGGAUGACGCUGGCGAAGUCGUGGAUCGAGGUGUUCCUCUUUGCCUGAACUGCAAGGAACUUGGACAUAUCUCCAAGUUUUGUACUCAGGAGAAGACAGAACGUACCGAUGCGGUCAAGAUCUCUUGCUUCAACUGCGGUGCAGAUGGCCACCGCGUCAGAGACUGUCCUGAGCCUCGUGUGGACAAGAAUGCUUGCAAGAAUUGCGGUAGUCAAUCUGGUCAUCGGGCCGCUGACUGUGAGGAGCCCCCCAACCCCGCCAAUGUCGAAUGUCGCAAGUGCAACGAGAUGGGUCACUUUGCCAAAGAUUGUCCUCAGGGCGGUGGCAGCCGUGCUUGCCGCAACUGUGGUCAGGAGGGCCACAUCGCCAAAGACUGUGACCAGCCUCGCGACAUGUCGACUGUGACUUGCCGCAACUGUGAGAAGCAAGGACACUUCAGCAAGGAGUGCCCCGAGCCGAAGGAUUGGACUAAAGUUCAGUGCUCCAACUGUCAGGAGUACGGCCACACCAAAGUUCGAUGCAAGGUCCCUCCUGUCGAUGAGGCUGACGGCUUUGGCGUUGCUGGUGACGGGGACGGUGGAUGGUCCAACGCUGAUGCCGUGGGAGGUGGUGACGGCUACAGCAACCAGAACACUGGUGGCAACGACGGGUGGUAA